CAGCAGGUUAAAAGCAUCCAGUCAGUGAACUCCACUGAACCCUCCCACUGAGUCUGCGCAGUGCUUCAGUCUGAACAGGACAAGAUGUCUCCUGUGGGGCUAUGUUGCCUCCUCUUCCUCUCUGUCACGGUGUGUAACUGGGUACCAGCAGGUUGCUAUGCCAACGGCAAGGUCACCAAAGUCUGUGGCAGCAUGAAAGCUCACCAUGGUGUCCCUGGUCAGACGAGCCCCAACCCCUACCACCUGACAACCAACACCACUGUGUUCAGCCCCGGAGAUCAUAUCCAAGUCAUCCUGUCUGGACCAUCAUAUUUCAAGGGCUUCUUGCUUCAGGCCAGAGAUGCAGCCAAUAAGAGCUCAGUAUCCACAGUUGGCACCUUCACCCUGACUGAUCCGACCAAGACGCAGCUGCUCACCUGUAAUAAGCAGCAGGGUUCAGCGGUGAGCCAUACGAGUGAUGCCAAACAAACACAGGUUAUUGUCAUCUGGAAUGCUCCUGAAGAUGCUCCCAGUGAAGUUCAGUUCUUUGUAACUGUACUUGCACACUACCGUUUAUUUUGGGUGAAGCAGCCAGGACCAAUCAUCUGCCAGCAUGGUGUUAGUCCUCCCCCACCUCAGCCCACCACUACACCCACUAAAGCACCGACGACCACAUCCUCUAUCUUGUCCGGACCUUUCACUGCGGAGGGAUGUGGCUGGGAGAAAUCCUGCCUCUUUGACCCUCCAGGCUGUGAUCCAAAAGAAGAUCCUCACUGCUUCUUCCUGUCCAUGACAACAGAGGGACCAGACAGAACGUCUGUGAUAUUUGAGCUGAGCGGCCCAGCGGAGGGAUACCUUUCCUUUGCCUUGUCCUGGGACACAUGGAUGGGCGAUGACGAUGUGUAUAUGUGUGUGAAAGAUGGGAAUAGAGUGUCAGUGACUGCUGCAUUCGUCAGUGGUCGAACACACCCAGAGGACGAGUCACAGGCUGGUCUCUCCUCGGUGUCAUGGCGACUGGCAGAUGGAGCGCUCCAGUGCAGGUUCAAUCGACCAGUCAAACUGUCCAAUCAGGAACCAGCACGCUAUGAUCUGGACCAAGAGUACUUUCUGUUUCUAGCCAGUGGACAUGCUCAGUACGGUAAAAUGUGGAGGCAUAGUCGCCAACCUCUAAUCUCCACCCUCAGAAAACGUAUCACCGGCCCACCUGAGAUUCUUGAAGGCUCCCGCGGACCAAUCAUUCUGAAAGUGCAUGGUGCACUGAUGCUUGUAGCCUGGAUGCUAACAGGAAGUGUCGGUAUCUUCAUUGCCAGCUUCUAUAGAACUGAUUGGCCAAAUCAGACUCUGUUUGGCAAGAAAGUUUGGUUCCAGGUUCAUCGAGGCCUGAUGAUGGUAACUGUGAGUCUGACCAUUGUGGCCUUUUGCCUUCCAUUUUUCUACAGGAGAGGCUGGAGCGAGCAUGCAGGUGUCCAUCCCUACCUAGGUUGUUGUGUCCUGGCAUUAGCUCUGAUUCAACCAAUCGUGGCUGCUUUCAGAUCAUCACUUGACUCUCACAGAUACAUGUGGGCUCACUGGGGAGUUGGCUCUGUGACUGAGAUCAUGGCAGUGGCAGCCAUGUUCUUGGGCAUGCAUCAAUCAUCGCUGCUCCUCCCCUCACCAUGGGCAACACAUGUUCUGAUUGGCUACGUGACCUUGCAGGCCUCAUUCAGGUUCCUCCUCCUGAUGCUGAUGCACAAGCAUCUUUACAUCAAAACAUCAGCACUGGGAUCAGAUGACCAACAAGGCAUUCUUUCUGACCAAUCACAGCCUGGUCGCUGGGAGACCUUCAUCAAGUCUUUCAUCUUGGCUGCUUUUGCUUUGGGAAACUGUGGUCUCCUAAUGGCCCUGUUGUCUUUCAUAGCUGCAAUUUGACAUUUAAUUGCAAACAAUGUAAAUACAUUUUCAAGACUGUGGCACCCCAGCAACAUUAAGGUGACUUUUGGUGCAAGCUUUGGUUUUGCCCUGACACCACUGAGCCCUACAAACUACAGGUUUUAACUGAAAGCUUUGGAAGCCAGUAGGUAACAAUGACUACCAGUCCAACAGCAAGAAUGAGGGACUUUAAGUUAAUUAUUCAAACCCACUAUCAUCUACUUAAAACCAAAUCUCUUUCACUUUACAGUAUAUUUUCUGUUUUGCUUGUAAAUGUGUAGUUACAGUGUACAUUUACUUUAUUCUUGUACAUUUCUGAUUAAUUGUUGGUAUUCCAACUCUAUUUUCAGUUACAUUAUUAAUGUUUAAUAGUAGCACUUCAUUGGCCCCUACUGAAUAAUUCAUUAAAGCAUUAACCCCUGGAUCAGCAAAAUGUGCUUUUUGAUGUUUUUAAUUUUGUUUUGUUUUGUUUUGAUAUUCAUUAACCUGCAUAAUGUACUCAGUUUU